AGAAACGGGUUUCCUGAAUAGAGGCCGAAGAGCGCGGGAAGAUGGCAAGCACAGUUUCGUUCUCUUUGAGGACUUUUAUCAAACAGUUUUCGCCUCUUCCGAAGCGAACGCCGUUCAGUUUUCCUAUCCGGACCAGCUUUAAGCGACUCACCGUCACUUGCAAUUCUUCCAGAUUUCUUCACUUUGAAACCCUAACUUCCCGCCAAAAAGACCAGGUUCAUCUUUUCGUCGACGCUCUUCUUCAGUGGAACCAGAAAAUGAAUCUUACGGCUAUUACGGAAGUAAAUGAAGUGAUGGAAAGGCACGUCGAGGAUUCUCUGGCUAUUAUACCACCAAUUCGGAAUCUGUACAUGUCGCAUUGUUCGACUAGUCCAUGCGAUGACAUUAAACUUGUUGAUGUUGGAACGGGGGCCGGGCUUCCAGGAUUGAUUAUAGCUAUUGCUUGCCCAGAAUGGCAAGUAACGUUGAUGGAGUCUAUGAAUAAGCGGUGUCUUUUCUUGGAGCAUGCAGUGGGUCAUACCGGUUUGACAAAUGUUCAAGUUGUGCGAGGAAGAGCAGAGAAUUUGGGACAUGAUCUUUCCUUACGAGAGAAAUUUGAUGUAGUAGUGGCUAGAGCUGUCGCAGAAAUGAGAAUUUUAGCUGAAUAUUGUCUUCCUAUGGUUCGUGUUGGCGGUUUGUUUUUAGCUGCCAAAGGCCACGAUCCUCUUGCAGAAGUCACAAAUGCAGAAAAGGCAAUUGAAAUGAUGGGUGCCUCCUUGCUGCAAAUAUGCCCUGUGGAAUCACAUAGUCCAUAUGGGCAGCGAACUGCCGUUGUUUGUUUUAAAGAACGGCACACUCCGAGGAAGUAUCCUCGUGAUCCAGGUACACCAGCAAAAUCCCCAUUGUAAUAGAUUCUGUGGGCGUUCACUUUGGUUUCAAUUCAUGUGUUCUUCACAGCGUCAACCGGCUGUUUAGUAUGCAAAAUGCUUCAAGAAUGUGAUUAUAUUACCUUAAGAUAGGCACCUUUUUAUUUGUUGUGCAUAUCAAAUGUCAUUUCACGCUGAAUAAUUCUUAAGUGACAUUUGUUUAUUGAACUACUAUGAAGCAUUUAUUUAUUCACCGUCCAUUUUGGAUUUACGUGUUGGUUUUUCUCCCUCCCCCCAUUAUCCUCAUCAAGUCCAUCUCUUUCUCUACACCGACAUACUUAACUCCACCCUUGAAAGGAAGGGAUGUGUAAUUCGUAUCACUCUCAAUCGCAUCCAGCUAAAAAAAUUUCCAGAACCAAAUCAAUAAAAUACCUAAAAUAGGGCAUAAACUCUACUUAACUACAAAAGCACUUGACCCCAAACAACAAAUCAAACGGGUAAAGAAAUGUUUAUCGAAAUGUGCAAAUCUAAUAAAAAAAGUCUCCCGAACAUAGACAAAUUUAGCACACACGAAAACACCUCAUCGUUUGCUUCAAGAAAUUUCCUUUCUCACCUGCAAUCAUGUUGUUUAUUGUGCGUGAAAAACAUAGAUCCACCCCGAAUAAUUUUUUUUUUACAGAUUUCAGAAUUAAAUCGGUAAUAAUCAUUUAUUCCUCAACACCUGCUUUUGUGUUUAGACGUAUAUUUUAUUCCUUCAACACCCGCUUAAGAGUACACGCACGUUUAUUUCUUUCUCCAUCUCGCCACAUACCUUCAUCAAGUUAUUCAAAUUCUCUAGUCUUCGCUAAGUCUGUAAACUCUAUUUAUUUUAUAUCCCAUUUAAAGUUCCAAAAAUAGGCAUGACUAUGAUUGAGGAAGCUCAUGAUUAAGGGGGCAAUUGGUGAAACCCCUCUCUGCUAUUUUGCUUGUCUGUUGUUAACUAAUUUUUUAGAAAUCUAUCUAUUGUUGUCUUUCCUCUAAGUAUACUGCCACUGGUGACAAUAUAUGUAUUUAGCUCUAAGUUGUAAGACUACAAUCUAAAAUGCGCAUAGUUCAACUGACAUAAAACGUGUAGCAUCGACUUUAAUGUUGGAGGUUCGAUUCUUCUGCCCCACGUGUUGUUAAAAAUGUUGUUAAUCUACUAGAGGCUUUCAAGAUCAUUGGGUUCACAGGUUUGUAAAUCUAGUACUAUAUUUACCUUUUUGUAUGAACUAUUAUUUUUCCAAGAGUAGUACAAAAUAAAUUGAGUUCUUAAAAAAAGUGAGUAUUUAAAAUAUAUAAAAUUAUGGUAUUUAAAUCAUUAGCCAUAUGCUUGCCAUAAUCCUUGUUUAGGCACGAGGAGUUGCUUUUUGGAAUAUUUUACAGGUAAAGACUUCUGACCAUCCGAUAAGAUGGACGUUUCUUAAUCUUCCUCGUUAGCUUUUCAUGGAUGCGAUGCUGUAAGUUGCUUUGCCAUCUAAUCGUUUCUCUUAUGUCAAGUUACCUAUUAUUGCACUGCACCAACGACAAAGGAAUAAACCGUGCUGAACCCAGCUUGGAAAGAUUCGCUCAGAGGAAAAGGUUGAUAAACCAUGUCGCCAGGGUUGCCCAAGCCCCAAGGUAGCCCCCAAGAACAAUGGCAUUCCGAAACCUUAAUGGGCUUCACAUGUCUCAAAAGGAAAAUUCAAACCCUUGGAUCGUUGGGUUGAGCUCCAUUAAGAGGAAUGAUCGAGUUGAGUCCACUGUUGCACAUAUUUUGAGUGGGAGUCAAAGAAAGUGAAAGAAUGAAUCUUAUAAAUAGCCACAUUCCAUUCCACCAACUUCAUUGGACAAGUGAUUCUCUCUAUACCUAACCAAAUUGAACACUUAAGGGGGCAUUUGGCCACCUGAAUGGAGUUAACAAGGCUGAGAUUAAUAUGUUGCAUUGGUAAAGUACUUUUUGAGGCGUAGAAUUGUAAAAUUAAGUUUAUCGUUGGUUGUAAAAAAUUGAUUAAAAAAAUAAGAAGGAGAAGUCACUUAAUAAA